CACUCUCUCAGUCGGCGUCUGGAGCUGCCUGCCUUUGCUCUCACCUUCCUCUGGAUCCCGGCGUUUUAAACCCAAACAUAAGAAAGAGAGGAAGACUACACACUACGCACAUGGGAGAACGCAAGAUUUUUUUCCUUCCUGCGCGUCGCACGAUGGCUUAUAUAUGAGGAGGACACUCUGGGAUGCGGACAUAAACAAGCGUCUCCACUGAGAGAAGCGCAUGAGAAAACACAACGCUGUCCGUCCUCUCUCCGACACCGAGAAGGACUCCUCCCCACCUCGGCCGUGACACCUCCGGUAAAUCGCUGAAAAGGGAUAACACUCUUUUUUUUACGCUGGAAACGAAAGACCGAGUCUUCAAAUAGCCUGACAUUACCAUUCAUCUGCCAGUGACUGUAUGGCUUUAAAAAGUUGCCUGGAGAACAUGGACAUCUGACGUGCGCCACACGGCGUCAUUGACACAUUGAGCCCCUCUCUCUCUUUUCUCCAUCACAUCUUGGACUGACUAAUCCCCUGCGCUCUGGGUUUGGAGUAAGAAGAAGUAUUCAGCAGUUGUCAUUUACCCUGACACAGGCUACAUCCAGUAGCUCCCUGCAGAAGGGGAACAUAUCACACCACAGAAGACACUGUCUGUUGUCCUCCGCAUUUGUAGCCUAUGUGUUGAUCUCGCUGUUUGUGCAUUAGUGGGAGAAAUAUUUUGUCAGUCCACCUCCGAUCUAUCAGAGCUGACCCUGCAUGAAAUAAAGCCUAUGAUUCAUCUGGACUCUCGACCUGCAUCUGAGAGAAAACACAGUGACGCGUUGGUUCUGUAACUCAAACAUUUCCGUCGACCUGAACAAGUGUCAUCUCAAGUUGUCCCUUGAAUGGUCACCAUCUGGCGAUUCCCUUCGCGCUUUCUAUGUUUUGCACGUUUGUAUUUGUUUAGCAUUCACGGCCACAUGUGAAUGAGACUCAUCACCUGUCCCGGUUGAAGCGCCCGUACAACUCGACUGACUUACCGACACUGAAGAGGAAUACGUGCCGAAGUUUUGCUGUAGUGAUGCUGCAAGUGGAAAUGGUCCUCUUCGUCUGCCUGGUGCUGUGGAUGUGUGUAUUUAGCCAGGAGCCCAGCUCCAAAGUGGUGGCCGACCGCUACGCCGUCUUCUGGAACCGGACCAACGCUAAAUUCCACCGUGGGGACUACCACAUCGACGUGUGCAUAAAUGACUACCUGGAUGUGUACUGUCCCCACUACGAAGACACAGUGCCUGAGGAGCGGACGGAGCGCUACGUCCUCUACAUGGUCAACUACGAUGGCUACAGCACGUGCGACCACACUGCCAAGGGCUUCAAACGCUGGGAGUGCAACAGGCCGCACUCCCCAAACGGGCCACUCAAGUUUUCAGAGAAGUUCCAGCUCUUCACUCCAUUCUCCUUGGGCUUUGAGUUCAGACCGGGCAGAGAAUAUUACUACAUCUCCUCCACCAUCGCUGAGAACGGGAGGAAAACAUGCCUGAAGCUCAAAGUUUUCGUCCGACCAUCAAACAGCUGUGUGAAAACUAUAGGCGUACAUGACCGCGUUUUUGAUGUAAACGACAAAGUAGACAAUACAUUAGAACCACGAGACGAUACCAGCCAUGAACCGGCUGAGCCUUCCCGAAGUGACGAGACAAAUGCUGCGCCACACCUGCAGAAAACAAGUCAACUUCUGGCUUUAUUGCUGGUCUGCCUAGCAGCACUCUUCACUUUAUAGCGCCUCCCUCUGUCCAGGAGGGCAAUUACACCUAGCGUGGCCUGAAUCUGCCCGAGGCUGCAGGGAAGGGGCGGGAUUUGGGUGAAGCGUGUUUGCUUGAUUGGGCAUCAGAGCAGGCUUCUCAAGGAACCCUCUAUUUUUUUCAGAAAAAAUAUUUAAGUGGUCUUUCUCCGUCUGUGAGUGAAAAAAGUUGAUGUUGGAAGUGGGAGAGACAAUUCCCCCUCUUAAACCUUCAACUAAGAUGCCAAAUCCCGUUUUUUGACACUUAGUGAUUCUUAUUUUCCCGUGACUUUUGACACCCCUUUACAUCAUAUUUAUGUCAUUGCAGCACUGACGUUUAUCCACACAUCCGUACACAUGCAGCACAUACACACAUGCUUACAUAUACAUAAAUACAUACAAUUUCAUCACACUAACAGUCAAUAGCAGUAGGGUUUUUACAAAGUUGUAUUCAGUAGCAGCGUUACACAGUAGGAAAGUAAAGAUACUAGGUCUUAGAAAUGACUGUACAUAUACAAAUAAGUAGUUGUCCCGAGACCUCUCAAGAAGCCUUUCAUGAAGUAUUUUCUGCUGGGUCAUGAGAGGCAGAUUUCCGCCUCAAUUAUCUGGGCAGUGCAUUUCAGAGCAGAGUGAAAGAUGAAGAUGUAGGAAAAGAAGAAGAAUAGUUUGAGCAGAGGUCAGACUGGAAACCAUAGCACUGAGAAAUACAUGGCAUGCACCUUAGCUCGUUGAUCUCUAGAGUGUCCUUGCCCAAUUUUCUUUCGAAUAUAUAGGAGGAUAAGCUACUAGAGGUUGAGUGUAAAACCUUUGGAAGCAUGAGGCAAAUUCUUCUUGUCCUCCUUUGUGAAGAGCAUGUCGGUCUGCUCAAUAAAAUAAAUUUCAAAGCAUUUGGUUCACUCUGACUAACAAAACGGCUAAAUUAAAACUUUCUCACCAGACACUUUGCGGACUGCUAUUAAGAUCGAGGAUCGAUAUCUUGAAAGUUGAUCACACAAUUUCACGGUAACAGUCACAGUCAUUUUAUGCAAUGUUUACUGAGCUGGGAAGCAAUUGUUCUCUCUGUUCCAUUUGAGUAUUAGUCAAUAUUAACACUCCUAUAAACAUUUGCAUCUACGUUUUUUUUUUUUUUAUUUGUUCUCUCACUAUUGAUCAUUAAAGUGAUUGUAUAAAAAAUGAUUCACAGCUAAAUUGAACACUUUAUUCUUUUCUGAACCAUUAAGUUAUUUUACUUUGCCAGCGACAUUAUCUUUCACAUUGCAGACACUGGAUACUUGUAUUUUUGUACUGUCUGAGAUCCAGAAAUGGAGGUCAUGGGGGAGUUUUUUUUUGAAAAGACAACUUAAAAUCAAACCAUACUUUGUCACUUAAACAUAAUAGCAGUGUUGACUCAUCAAAUAUUAGCUUAUUGCAACAAACAGGACAGCAUUUACUGAUACACUGCUGCAUAGCUCCAAUUAGUUGAAAACUCAUUGUGUAAACAGAGCAGAUCUAUAGAACUAUAAGAUUUAAUUCAAGGCAAUGCACAACUCUGUUAAGUAUAGAUUGGUAAAUGGACUGCAUUUAUAUAACGCUUUUCUAGUCUACCAAUCACUCAAAGCGCUACAACACAUGCCAACAUUCACACACACAUUUAUACACUGAUGGCAGAGGCUGCCAUGCAAGGUGCCAACCUGCUCAUCGGGAGCGAUAUAGCGCUUUACAGUAUUUCUAAUGCUCACCCAUUCACACACACACACACACACACACAUCGGGAGCAAAUUGGGGUUCAGUAUCUUGCCCACCGACACUUCGGCAUGCGGGCUGGAGGGGAUUGAACCACCUGCUCUCCCUCCUGAGCCACAGCCACAUUUAGUCUGGCCAGGUUUAUGUUAGCACUUACAUUCAAAGGAAUUUACUGUGUUCUAAUGAUAUUCAGCUUCUUUCAGCUCCCACAGAUGCACAUGGUGAGUUAGCAUAAUGAAAGCUAUUAUGCCUUUUUUACAAACGGAGGGACUUGUUUCUUUGCUUUCAAUGAAGUAUGGACAGAUAGAGAAAUUAACUCUGCUGAAACUGACUUCCUGUCAGAGCUGGGUUUUUGUGUGAGAAAUAGGGAACCAAUUGGUUUGGAAAGACGGACAGAAAGAGAGAAAUAAAGCAAGAAAAAAGAGCGCAGGAGCAAUUGCAUGUCCACCUUCAGCUCCUAGUGUUACUGGUUUAAGUGACUCUUUAAUGAGGUUCAAAAUGACAGGCAUGUGGACCCCAUGUUGUGGCAAGGGGAGUUAUUUCUGGUAUUAAAAAUAGAUGGUGGAAGGCUCGGGGGGUCUCGGGAGGGGGGUGUAGAUUUCCACCGUGGGGGGUUUUAAAGCACCAAUGACCUUGCAGUUUGAGAGAAUUGGUGAGUGAAGGAGACAGAAAGAACUAAAGGGAGAGACACACACACAGGGAGAGAUAGAAAGACAUGGGAGGUAGCCGAAGGUAGUGUGACUAGAGUGCCUAACAAAAUAAAACAAGACAAAACAACAAGAAAUCCAUGCAACACCAUUGGCAAAAAAACACCUGAUUGAAUGACAAACAUUUGUCCAGUACCAUUCAGUCUCAAAAGGCAUGCACUGUUUUGUUUUUGCUUUGUUUUUAUUUUUGUCGCUGCCUUUUUUUCCUGUUUUUCCCUAGAAAGAUUGCCUUUGCCUUUUGCCAUUUGUUUUUUGCGCUACAGUAACAACGCUAUUGCAGUGGAAUAGCAGCUCAGCUAUGGGGGGGUAAUAGAAGAUGAGGCCAUUUAAUGAGGUACUAAUUUUCAGGAGAACACCACAGGGAAUGAGCACCGCCUAAGAUUCAAAAUGGACGCUUGUCAGCAGAUUAACACUAGACUUUUUAUCAGAAACCAGCUUCAAUUGUACUCUCUUAUAAUUACCAAUACUACUAUUUGUCAUUAUUGCUAUUAUUACCAUGGUUUAUUCUGUACACACCUUAACCUGGGAAAUGAGGAUCAACUUAUUAACUGGAUACUGUGUAUCCUGAGGUAGUCAACCAUAAAACAUGUAGUGUUAGGUUAGUAUCUGUUUUGUACCUUUCUGGAGGACAAAAGAAAAAAAUGAGAUACAUCAUUGUUAAAACUGUAUAAUUAUUAUUAUUGUUAUGAUGAUGAUGAUUAUGACUAUUAUUAUUAUUAGGAAAACUUCUUGAUGUAAAUAGUGUUUGAUAUUAAAGUAUUAAUUUGGUUCUUAUGUCUUUUCUAAAAAAAAAAAAUGAAUACGGUAUUAUCUCUGGGUUUUGCGGAGUGUGUACUGUCCUCAAACAAUGCAUUGUGUGCUUUGAUCCUCAAUGCCUAAUGAAACUUUGAGCUAUUAUGAAGGGGAACCCUGUGGGAGCUGUACACAUACCAGUGUGCAGAAGGCGGGACAUUAGCCAACGAGUGGCUCACCUGUUACAUGUUUCAAACCAGUCACCAACCUUCACCAUCUCUUCACAUAAGGAUCCUGCCUCGGAAAGAAACACUCGGGACUCAAUGGACGGCUUAUUUGUACUUUUUUGCCUUCAGUGUUUGAAAGCAUGUUGGUCAGCUCAAAGAUCUGACUGUUGGCUUUUUAAUGGAAGGAUCUUGCCAGUUUCAUUAUGUGGCAUGCGCAUGAACUUGAUGACAUGUUAAAAAAAAAAAAAAAAACAGUUUUAAAAAGAAAGUUUUCUUUUGCUCUUAUUUUCUUUUCCUUUAAGACGUGUUAGAUUUUCUGAUCACUUUCAUGUUGUGUGUUUUUGCAUCCCCAUUUGAGUGAUGUCAUUAAAGUAUGUAGUGACCGAUGACAAAUGUACAUAACACAAAACCAUUGUUGUGAAGUUAAAGUGGGGGUCGAUCAUUUUGUAGUUCACAAACAACUUUUAGUUUUCUUUCCUAAGAGUGACUCUUUCUGUACCCAUUCUACUGAAUUCAUCCCAUGUAGUUGCAGUCUGUCUCUUCUGACUAUUCAUCCUCUUUCUGCUCUCCCAAGAGGAGGCAUUUGGAAGUGUAUACAUCAAUGUGUGGACAUUUUUCAGUUUGAAAAAAAUGUGUGAGACCUUAGAGUUUGUGUGUGUGUGUGUGUCUCAUUUGCUGUUGCCGCAGUGAAUGGGAAGCGGCAACCCUCUUUGGCAACGAAGAGUGUUUCCCAUGCCUUAGCCCUCCAGCCUCUGCCCUGGCAGCUCCGUCUGUGUACAAGACGCUUUCUGCCAUUGUGCUUUUACACAGAACGGCUGCUGGCGUCGAAGAGACUACAACAGGGCCCUUCACUUUCUCUCCCUUUUUAACAACCCUGAAUCACUUGUCCCCAUGGUAGACGUUGGUCCUGAGCACAGUUCAAGGAUUAGUGUACCCCCUCCACCAAAUCCUAAACUGGAUUGUUAGUGGGGUAAAGCCUAUCAUCGAUCCAGGUUCUGUGCUGCAGGGCAAAGCCUCUCUUCGUCGGCUCCUCUCUUGCUGAUGAGCCACUUGUUCAUUUUGUGCACCUGUCCUGUCCCAUUCUUGUGCUUGUAUAACCUCCACCACACCACCUGCUGUCCUUCUUCCCUCAUCUUUGAACCCCGUUCCCACUUUGCCAUCAGUGGGGGAAUAUUUCCAACCUGCUCUUUUACAGUAUAUAAACAACAAAAAAAUUUGACAAAAAAUGAUCUGUAUUUGUAUAUACACGUGUCUGAGCAACUAUGAGUAAUACAAUAAAACGGAAAUACAUUGCUUUGA